AUGUACAUUGCUGGUAUACAUGUCCCUGGGCCUGCUUCUGACCUUGCUACUGAAAGCAACAUUACAUCGUCACUCUUCCUAUACUCCGUCGCAUUGAUACGCGGCAUAAACAAGGUGUCCGAUACUGCUAAAGUCAAAGGAGGUCCGAUCAAAACGAAUUUCUCGACUCGCGUGGCAUACCUUGUGGCCAUCCCGUCGAAUAAAAGUGUACAACCUGAAUUUAUCGCACGUUUCGCUCUUCCGGACUUCGGACUCAAGAAAGAGACCAUUAUCUGA